UUCUGCAAAUACUUCGCAAUGAAAAAAGCGAAAGUAAUUUUAUCCUAUAUUCCGUAGAUUGCGUACAAUAUUUAAUUUUUUGUUUGUAACCCAAUGAUCGACUUUUUUUCGUCUGCUGAACAGAAAAUGUCAUAUAAUUGGAACAAUUGGAUUGAGGAAGCUAUUUUAAAUGAACACAUUAACUGUUAUGAAUAUAAAGACUUUUAUAACUUAGAAGGAAUUGGCACCGGAGGCUUCGGAAAGGUUUAUCGUGCAAACUGGAAAAAUUCUCAUAAUAUUUAUGCGUUAAAAUCUCUCAAAGACUCCGAAGCAAAAAAAUUUGUUGAUGAGCUUAAAAUUCAGCGUAAAGUAAAUGUUCAUGACAAUAUUAUAAGAUUUUAUGGCAUUACAAGAGUCGAUCAAAAUUAUAGUUCAAAAAUAUAUAUGUUGGUAAUCGAAUAUGCCGAUGGUGGUACUCUUCGAGAGUAUCUAAGAAAAAAUUCUGGAAAUCUCACUUGGAAUGAUAAAUUCAAAAUGGCAUAUCAAUUAGCUAGCGCUGUAUCAUGUUUACAUAAUUUGGGAGUUAUUCAUCGUGAUUUGCACUCCAACAACGUAUUGGUCCAUGGAAAUAACGUCAAAUUGGCUGAUUUUGGAUUAUCAAAAAAGACUGAUGAAUCAAUUACAUCACAACGAUAUGGUGUAAUUCCUUAUAUUGAUCCGAAAAAAAUCGCCAGUGAUUCAUACUCUCGAAAUGAAAAGAGCGAUAUUUAUAGUGUAGGUGUACUUCUAUGGGAGAUAUCAAGUGGUCGGCCACCUUUCGAGGGUAAAAGCGAAUACUUUUUACUUACGAAUAUUCCGAAAGGUCUUAGAGAAACACCUAUCCAAGAUACUCCUGAAGAAUAUGAAAAGAUUUAUACCGAUUGUUGGGAAUUUGAACCAGAUGAUCGUCCAACUAUCUACGACGUAGUUGAUAGAUUAGAAGCAAUUAAUAGCAAAGCCACAAAAUCUUGGAAUUCAUCACCUUCAUCACGUAAUAAUUCAUCGCCUUCAUCACGUAAUUAUUCAUCACUUUCAUCACGUGAUAAUUUAUCACAAAGUUUCAAGCAAAAAGAAUCGAAAGAUAUAGUUGAUGGAAUAGCUGCUCUUCCUUCUAAAAUAUAUGAUAAAAGAAAAAAACAGAAAAUUCUUGAUUACCUUGAAGAUAAUCAUGUGACUUCAAAAGAAAUUUUAGAUUGGCUAGAAAAUAAUCAAAAUUAUCCCAAUUCUCUUCUUGUGUUGGGAGAUUUUCAUUAUUUAGGAAUUGCAACUGAGGUUGACAAAAGAAUGGCUUGUGAAUUCUAUGAGAAAGCAGGAGAUGGAGAUGAUGGACUUAGCGUAGCUCAAUACAAUCUUGGAGUUAUUUAUGAAACUGACAAAUUAGACGACACAAUUGCAGCACUGUAUUGGUAUAAUAAAUCAGCUGAACAGGGAAAUCAUGAAGCUUGGGAAAGUUUUAAUAGAUUACGAUGUUCUUCAGGUACUAAGACUGUUAGUCCAAGUAGUAUGCAAAAAUAUGGUUCUAUGGGUAUUUUUAAUCGAUAACAUUAAAUAUUGGAAGAGAUUUGAUAAAUAUUAUAAUACCACUUAAGAUUGGUACUAAAAAUAUAGAUACAUUAUUUGGCGCGUCUCGUUAUAAUAAAUCUGGUUUU